GUUUCAAAACUUCGAUUUUUUAGUUUAACCGAACUAUUUAAAAAAGUUUUGUGUUUUCUUUUCAAUCACCAACAUGCGUCGCUCAGACGUUUUUGCUGUCAUCUCCCUUGUGGCGCUCCUUCAAAUGGCGGAGUUGGUAAAAGGCGAGGGGCAAUAUACCAUCGUUGGUCCCGGCACCAUACACUCAAAUCGCGACUACAACGUCGCCGUAGCCGUGCAUGGCAUUAAGGAACCAGCCAAGCUGAAGAUUGGAAUCACCGGACCCUCGCACAACGAGACCCAAACAGUUGAAUUGGCCAAGCCCGAUGAGUACAAGCAGUUGACGUUCAAGCUGCCACCCCUCAAGGAGGGCCAGUACAAUCUCACAGCCGAGGGUGUAUCUGGUUUGGUGUUCACAAAUACCACCAAACUGAAUUGGGAGGAGGUCAAGCCGUUCGUGAAGAUACAGACGGACAAGGGCAAAUACAAGCCGGGAGAUACCAUAAACUUCCGUGUCAUAUUUUUGGAUGAAAACCUGCGGCCUGGUACUGCUCCAGAUGAUGUCGUAAUCUUUUUCGAGGAUCCCAAACGUAAUCGCAUAAAGGAGCUCAAGCACAUUGAGACUAAUAGUGGAGUGUAUACAGGAAAGUUCGAACUAUCCGAGUUUGCAGCUCUCGGCUCAUGGAUACUGCUGGUGCAAACACCUGGUAAUAGCUUUAAUGAUGAACGCGUUUACUUUGAUGUUGAAAAGUACACUCUGCCAAAGUAUACAAUUAAGAUGGACGUGACAGAUCAGGUCUCGGUGAAGGAUGGAGACAUGCAGGUGAUUAUACGCGCAAACUACACCUACGGCAAACCAGUUAGUGGCAAGGUUCUCCUCAAUAUUAAUCUGGCUGAGUCCAGUAUGUGGAGCACAGUGAAUGGAGAGACGGUCCGCACUGAUCGUCCAGGUCAUACCCUGCUGAGCACCGCGGAUAUGGUCAAUGGCAAGGCGAAGUUCGACUUAAACGUGAAGGAGUUUGCUGAAUUCUUGCACUACAACACAUCCGCAUCCUACGCACACAUCACGGCCACCGUAGAGGAGGAUUUCACGGGCGUGAAGAUAAAUGAAACAUCCGGCACGCAGUUAUACCCCUAUCGCUAUGAAAUGUCCUGCAUCGAUUACACAUCUUGUUAUCAGUUCCACGCCGACAAAGAGCAAGAAGUUAAAUUUAAAGUCACGUACAUAGAUGGCACAUUGCUUAAAGAUACAAAGUCCGUAGUUAAAGCGAAGUUUACGGAGGGCAUACGCCACACGUACAGCUUUGGCUACUACGGCCAGAAAGAAAAUAAGCCCGAACUCCCCGAGAUCGAGAAAAAGACACUUACUUUCGAGAGCCAUCUAAAUGAUUCAAGCAUAGCAGCCUUCAAAAUCAAACUGCCAGACUUACCCGAUAUUGAAAACUUCACGCGCUACUACAGCAUAGAAUUGGAAUAUAGAGAUGAGCAGCGCGAGUUAUACACAACAUAUCCAUAUAGGGAACCAAAGAAGAUUGAUCCUCCAGUGGAGCCGAAAGAGGAGGAAAAGGAGAAGGAGUGGUUCAAGGCCAACGUUCAACGCCCCAAGGAUAAGUGGUCGCUGCAGCUUGGCGAGGAGUACAAGAUCACAUUGAACUCUAGUCGUCCUUUAAGCUACUUUGUGUACAACAUCAUUGGCCGUGGAAAUGUACUUCACACAGAGCGCGUGGUAUUACCUGAACCUCAAAAGAUAUACAACAUUAGCCUAACACCGACGUUCCUCAUGGCACCCUACUGUAAAGUGUACGUGUAUUAUGUGGAUGAGACGGGCGAAUUCCGUUAUGCUGAGGAGAGCAUGCAUGUUGACGUAGAGCUGCAGAACAAAAUUGAAAUUACCGCACCCGAGGAAGUCAAACCGGGAUCAGAAGUUGAAUUGGAGAUUAAAACUGCGCCUAAUUCUUUCGUUGGUCUAAUUGCGGUUGACCAGAGCGUACUUCUUCUAGGUAGUAAUAACGAUAUAAAUAAGGAUUCGUUUAGCUGGCGUCUAGGUCGUUAUGACACGAGCACGCCAUGGCAGGGCGGCUACUCUUACUACCCUGGAGAGCGCACUGGCGUAGUGACCAUGACGAAUGCCAACUUCUUCUACAACCGCACGGAGCCAGUGUAUUAUGCUCAACCCCACGCAGCUUUCGGAGGCGGCAGUAUACAAGCUAUGCGCAAAACAGGCCUUCAGAAUGACAUGGUUCUUCACUCUACGCCUGCUCAUCCCGAAUCCGCGCUAGUGGGAGCUGCCUUUGCUGCAGGAGCACCCGCACAACAAGCUCCGACUGUGCGUAAGAACUUCGUAGAGACUUGGAUAUUUGCGGAUAUUGAAAGCACAAAGUCUGAAGUUUUCAAGUGGGUUAAAGCAAUACCAGACACCAUUACCAGCUGGGUGCUCAGCGCAUUUUCUUUGCAUCCCGACAAGGGUCUGGGAGUGACUGAUGAGCAGACCAAAAUUAAAACAUUCCAACCCUUCUUCGUGUCGGUAAGGCUGCCUUACUCGGUCAAACGUGGAGAAGUCAUCAGUGUACCAGCACUAGUCUUCAAUUAUCUGCCGAAGAGCUUGGACGUUGAAGUGUCGCUGGAUAACCCCGACGACGAAUACGAGUUUGUGGAUCCCUCGAACGAAGUCAUAGGCGAGCAGAAGCGCACACAAAAAAUUAGCGUUGGCGCUAACGAAGCAGCGGGAGUGUCAUUCCUUUUGCGUCCAAAAAUAAUUGGAAAUAUUUUACUCAAGCUUACAGCAAUAUCCCCUGUGGCUGGCGACGCGAUUCACAAAACUCUCAAGGUGGUCCCUGAGGGUGUGACGCAAUAUAGCAACCGAGCAUUCUUUAUAAAUUUGAAGGAUGUAGGGGAGUUCAAUGAUACCUUCGAACUAGAACUGCCAGAGGAAUAUGUCAAGGACUCCCAACAUGUGGAAUUUGCGGUGGUGGGAGACCUGUUAGGCCCAGUUGUUAAGAAUCUGGAGGAGCUUUUGCGCUUACCCAGUGGGUGCGGUGAGCAAACCAUGUCGAAGCUGGUACCGAACUAUCUUGUUCGAAAUUAUCUGCAAUCGAUCAAGAAACUGACGCCAGCUUUAGAGUCACGCAUAAAACGGAACCUAGAACAGGGCUACCAAAACAUACUUCGUUAUCGUCACGACGAUGGAUCUUUCAGUUCCUUCGGACCAGGCAAGUGGCGCGAAGAGGACCCACCACGCAAUGGUUCCACUUGGCUGACGGCUUAUGUACUACGCUCGUUGAGUGAGAUUGCGCCGCUGGUUAAGAUCGAUGAGAAUAUUCUGGCAGAGGGCUACCAGUUUUUACUGAGUAAACAAGCUGACAACGGCAGCUUCACCGAGACGGGGGAGUACUUCUAUGGCUCCCAGCGCUCUGCACUCACACUAACAGCUAAGUCCCUUCUGGCAUUGCUGGCACAGCCCAAACCCUCAUCGGGAACACCAACUGCUAUUGAUAAAGCUGUUGCUUAUUUAAGCGCAAACGUCGAAGAGUCAAAGGAAGUUUUGCCAAAGGCUAUUGCGACAUACGCGCUUCAGAAGGCGAAGGCAGCGGAUGCCCCGAAGCACGUAGCCAGUCUAAAAGCCUUGGCCAAUCAGGAGGAGGACCGAACCUGGUGGACGGAAAGUAAGGAACAGCGAAAUUCUGGUUACUGCCGUCGCUGGUGGUGUUGGGUGUGGAGCAACGACGUGGAAAUCACUUCGUACGCAAUGCUCACUUUAUUGGAGACAGAGUCUCCCGAAGACGUCCUAAACGCACUCAGAUGGCUGGUGGCUCAGCGCAACAGCUUCGGUGGGUUUGCCUCUUCACAGGAUACAGUAGUGGGUCUUCAGGCCUUGAUUAAGUUCGCCGAGAAGUCAGGCUAUGAGGCAGCAUUGUGGGAUGUGACUGUUUCGAAUCAUGGUCAACGCGAAAAAAUCGAGAACCUGAAGCUGACCGAGGACAAUGGACUAUUACUGCAACGAGUCGAGUUCCCUCAGGGUACCAAGUCCCUCGAGUUCGAUGCAAAAGGCACGGGGGCAGCACUGGUGCAGAUCUCUUACCAAUACAACAUAGUCGAGAAGGAGCCUAAGCCAAGCUUCAAAGUACAAACAAUUGUUAAGCCUGACACUCCCCCAUCAAAACUUGAGCUUGAGGUCUGCGUUGAAUAUGUAGAGGAGGGAAAAUCAGAGGCCUCCAAUAUGGCCAUCCUGGAAGUCUCGCUGCCCUCUGGCUACACCGUGGAUGAUAACUUUGAGCACAUCCAGGACAUCAAGCGAGUUCGACUUGUUGAAACCAAGAACGCCGAGUCCGUCUUGGUAGUCUACUUUGAAAGCUUGCCAAAGGGUGAGGUGAAGUGCUUACCCAUUGAAGCUUACAAAACGUAUGCUGUGGCUAAUCAGAAACCGGCACCUGUGGUCCUCUACGAUUAUUACGACACGAAUAAGAAGGCCACCGACUAUUAUCAAAUUGAAUCCAAGCUCUGUGACAUUUGUGAGGGCGACGAUUGUAAGAGUAAAUGCUAAGGAUAACAGAAUAACUGCAUCCUCAUAAUAAUAAUGUUAACCGUUUUUUGUAAAAAUAUCAAAUAAAAUAAUUCAACUCAUUAUUA